UCUCCAGCCUCUGGAUCCCUCACAGUGCGCUCCCUCCCUUCCACCCAGAGAGCAGUGCUUUGGGAUGCUAAGGACUGCUCUGUGUACUUCUAAGGUGGGAGGGGGUUACAAGCAGAGGAGAAUAUCAGACGCUCAGGCGUUCCCUUCUGGCUGACGCUUUUCUCUGGUUUAUGCCAGGGCUUGUCUGUUUAAGAAACGGACGGAGCUGAGGCAGCUGGGAGAGGAAGAGGCUGGGGAUCCCGAAAUACAAAAAGUCUUGGAGCUCUCAGUUACUGCCCUCAUCGAGCCCACAGCAGGCCUUCAGCACCAUGGACAGCCGCGCUGAACCUGGAAAUACCAGCGACUGUUCUGACCCCUUGGCUCCUGCAAGUUGCUACCCAGCACCUGCCUCCUGGCUCAACUUGUCCCAUGUAGAUGGCAACCAGUCCGACCCAUGCGGUCUGAACCGCACCGGGCUUGGCGGGAGCGACAGCCUGUGCUCUUCGGCCGGCAGUCCUUCAAUGAUCACAGCAAUAACCAUCAUGGCCAUCUAUUCUAUAGUGUGCGUAGUGGGCCUCUUCGGAAACUUCCUGGUCAUGUAUGUGAUUGUCAGAUACACCAAGAUGAAGACAGCCACCAACAUCUACAUUUUCAAUCUUGCUCUGGCAGAUGCCUUAGCGACCAGUACACUGCCCUUCCAGAGUGUCAACUACCUGAUGGGAACAUGGCCCUUCGGAACUAUCCUGUGCAAGAUUGUGAUCUCAAUAGAUUACUACAACAUGUUCACCAGCAUCUUUACCCUCUGCACCAUGAGCGUGGACCGCUACAUCGCUGUCUGCCACCCAGUCAAGGCCCUGGAUUUCCGUACCCCCCGAAACGCCAAAAUUGUCAAUGUCUGCAACUGGAUCAUCUCUUCUGCCAUUGGUCUGCCUGUAAUGUUCAUGGCAACCACAAAAUACAGGCAUGGGUCGAUAGAUUGCACCCUCACGUUCUCGCACCCCACCUGGUACUGGGAGAACCUGCUCAAAAUCUGUGUCUUCAUCUUCGCCUUCAUCAUGCCAGUCCUCAUCAUCACCGUAUGUUAUGGACUGAUGAUCCUGCGACUCAAGAGUGUCCGCAUGCUGUCUGGCUCCAAAGAAAAGGACAGGAACCUACGCAGGAUCACAAGGAUGGUGCUGGUGGUCGUGGCUGUGUUUAUCGUCUGCUGGACCCCGAUUCACAUCUACGUCAUCAUCAAGGCCCUGAUCACGAUCCCAGAGACCACCUUUCAGACGGUUUCCUGGCACUUCUGCAUCGCCCUGGGUUACACAAACAGCUGCCUGAACCCGGUUCUGUACGCGUUCCUGGACGAAAACUUCAAACGAUGCUUCAGGGAAUUCUGCAUCCCGACCCCCUCCACGAUCGAACAGCAGAACUCCACUCGAAUCCGUCAGAACACUAGAGACCACCCCUCCACGGCUAAUACAGUGGAUCGAACGAACCAUCAGCUAGAAAAUCUGGAAGCAGAAACUGCUCCAUUGCCCUAACUGGGUCCCAUGCCAUCCAGAACCUUGCUGAGCUUGGAGGCCACCAUCUCCUUGGAAUCAGGUUGCUGUCGGGGUGUGUAGGAGGCUCUGGUUUCCUAGGAAACCUCCUGAUCCUGCAUCAUUCAAAGUCUGUCCUCUCUGGCUACUUCACUUUGCACAGGAGAGACACUCAUAGUGCAACAAGCACUCAGAAGGAAGAGAUUAUAUGACACUACUGAGUCCAGCUUGUGUAUAGAACCACCAGAAAAACACAUGCAGUGGACCACAAUACUCUGUGGUAUGUGAAUUGGGGUCGUCAUAGAAGAUGACCCUUCUGUAUGUAGAAUUUCUAUUUUCAAGAAAAUACUUAUGACCUUAUCAAAGAAAAACCAUCAAUUGUUAAAUUCACUGUAGUAACCCAUAAAGUAAAUGCUACCUCUGACCUCUGACCCAGUCACCUUCUAUGGAAAGUUCCAGUCUUUCUAGUCUUCUGUGAGGGAAUACAUUAUGUUUGACCCAUAGUGUUCACCUUGAAAUCCUUGUCUAAUUGAGACAUGGAUGGCACCUCCAUUUCUUGGUUUUGUGUUGUUUGAAAGAACACAACCUAUUUCUCCCCUGGCUCCAUAAUGAAAAUGGAAGGGAUGUAAAAUCCAGUGUCAAUGGCAGAAUGGUUGAUUCUCACACAAAAAGGACUUCCUGGGAGUUACAACAUGGCGAUGGUCCUUCCUAAUUCCCUUGCUGUCCCCCAAGUGCUCACAAAGUUACCCAAUGAGCUAUGCCACCCAAGACAGAAGCCAAGAGUUUUACUACCUUCAUUUCUCCGUAAUUUCUCCACACUGCAUGCUCUCUUCUAUGUUAUUUUAUCAGAUGCCCUCUGAAUCAGCAUGAUAAAACAACAGAUAUUAGCAUUAGGUGCCAGGAAAGUAUAAGCGUUUUUUAAAAAUAUGAACCCAAUAAAUGUGAUUACAAGACAGACUCAAACAACCAUGUAGAAAAAUAUGUGAUCCAUUUUUCAAUCCUAUGUAGUUAACAAACAUGAAAUAUUAACAAUACCCCAAACCACUUUCCCUAAGAAUUUGUCAUAAUCAUUAUCCUCAUCUUUUUUGUUCUUGGAUAAAUAUCAAGAUUUCCUUGAUAAGAUGUCAAUCUUCAAUGUAGUGUCUCUAAGAAAAGCCCUGUCUGACUAGUUUUUGUGGACGUGACAUGCACUGAGAUUUAACAGUCUCCUAUUUUUAGAUCUGGAAGAAUGGCCAGUCAGAUGGCCCAUGCAACGGGGAGUUCUCUACUUUGAACUUUUGUCAGCACUGACUAAAUGAACUGAGUCUUUUGUCAUCUUCUAUGAUGACAGAAGUAGAAAACGGGGCCCUGAUCCUCCCACCCACCAUACGGUUCCAGACUCUGCAUGCAGCUGGCAGGUACCACUGUAAAAUGUGCAUCCCUUCGUCUAUCCAACAAGACACAAAUAUGCCCACAGUUUCUGGAAGACAACUGUCAGAGAUCAGAAUAGCUGGAUUUACUGUCUCAGAUCUAAUUGGCUAUAAUUGCAUGGACCCAGCCAUGCAUCCAUCCAUUAGAAGAGGGGGAAAAAUCCAAGUUAAGUGUUUUAAUGUUUUUCUUCCAGUGAUGCCUCUAAUAACCUCCAUUUCUCAGACACUGCAUGCCAGGACAGAUGGGCACUGUGUUGCAGUUUUUACAUUUUCUGGUAGAAGUAAUUAAAACCAAAAUCUUAAAAAGAGUCAGAAUUUUAAAAUGGAUAACACAAACGAGACUCACUAGGGAGAACGAAACAUCUCCAUGUAAGUACUGAGGAAGAACAUUCUUGCUUCCAGUGUGCUGUUUGACACGCGCUCUCUCAAGGGGUAGCACAGUGUUGUCCCUGCUCACGGGCUUCUUUACGGCCAUCACUGUUUCUGUAUAAGGACCCACUCUUGGUGUGAGUCAUCUGGCAUGUGGCUGAGAGCAACUUGCACUUGACGUAGGACUUGACCCAUGAUUGUUUCCUACAAGCAUCAUAUGUGUGUGCACACAGCUCUUCCAUGUCAUCUCUUAGCAGCUACAAAAAACACACAAUGGAAGGGUUCAUUUAAAAACAAAACACAUUCUAAAGCCAGAAAGGCAUCGCCAGGAGUUUUUAUGGAAAGCCACUUUCAAUGCAUGUAUGCUAGAACUAACUUGCAACUCAGUGGCGCGGAGAAGCGAGAGCCCACAGUCUGGCAGAGUUAAUUUUCUAUUGUGAUCUAAAGGUAAAUAAAAUGAUGAGCAAAAAGAAAAAUUAGGAUUAAAUUAUACAAUGUUUUUAAAAAAAUAAUUUUGGCCUGUCUUACACUAAAUGUUUUCUAUUAUAAAUGAAAACUAUCGAUGUUGAAACAAAACAGUGACUGUGGGAAGCUUAGGAGCUUCACUGAUUAUAUCCACCUUUGGGAUAACAUGAACACAUCUUUGUUCCCUGCUUAGCGAUGCCUUUCUGGCUGUGUCUUGGGCAGAAGAAGUCUGAUGCUUAGAAAUAGGACUAUAAAAAGUGGGUGGGUGGUUGGACCCUUGGUGGGACACAGCAAGAGAAAGCAGUGACCUCCUGCCUUCCUCUGUGAGACACGUAAGUGCAGCCACAAGUACAGACUUACUGAACUUCUCAGUACCAGCUUACAGGAAGCACAAAGUGAUCUGGUAAAGUCUGUUAUUAAACCUAUAUUAAGUGUGCAAUGAGAAGAAUCUUGGAAAAAAAUAGCUCUUUCUCAGAAAAAUGUGCCCAGUGUCUAAAAGCAUCUAACAUAUAACCACUUUCACUGAUAGGUAUAUUUCCUUUCAAGGUUUUUCAACUUUACACAGUAUUCAUUGGAUAUUAUCUGACAGGAUACAGCUUUGGCCCAACCACCCCACACUCUUUCUUUUCCUUUCUCAUUUCUCACUUCUUCCCAAGACAGGUUCAUGGGCUGGGCUGUCCUCCAGCUCACGGUAUAACCCCAGCUGGCCUUCAACUUAGGAUCCCUAAGCCUGCUUCAGCCUAUGGGUGCACACACCUGGAAGAAGAAGAAAAAAAACAAACUGUGUUGGUACAGUACAAACACAAUGCUACUCCUUCAUUCAUCUAAACCACUCAGUGUUAACCAGGACCGUCCUGUAUGGUCCAACAUAAAUGCAGAUAUAUUUAUAAUGGUCAAAUGACACUUUAUCAUUUCUGGUUCUAAAAGAAUGGUAGCAUUGAUCCUAUCUCACAAGAAGUUGUCUGCUUCUCUCAAUGAGCUGCUGCCAUCCAGAGCUGUAGCAACAGAGUUUGUUUUCAUGGCGCACUCAUACUCAUGAAAUCUAAGAUUUGCUUAAAAUCCCCCUAAGGACAUUAGGCUUUCAGCAGUAUAUGCAACUCCUAUGUAGAAAAUGCAUGUCUCUUUUGUGAUUUCACAGAGGCAGAACAGAGGCCCUUUUGGAGAGAGGGGGCACAUUUUUAUCUCAACAUUGUCACACGCACCAUAAUAGGAAUAUUUAGCAGCCAAAAAUAUCUUUCAGGAAGAGUGUUCUUAAAGGCUGUCUCUGAGUUCCUUCUUCCCACCUCUCUAUUUUAAUCAAAAAAUCCUGAGUCUCAAAAGCAGGCUGUAAUAUUCCAAUUCCUUCCAAACCUCUUGAAAGAAACUUCUGUUGUUUGGCCUCAAACAUGAAGAUGUUUUAUUUUAUUGGCAUUAUCCACUAAUGUUGGGAAACUUUCCAUGAACACAAAGUUACCAAAUGCCAAAUGGAAACACAAAGAGAAGUAGUGUAUGCUGAGGGAGCCCCAAGAAGAGAAAGGGAAGACAUGAAGGCGGUGGUAAUUUCCCUAAGAAUCGGUUUGGAACUGAACAGUCCCAUACACGCAACAGCAGUGGCAAGCCGGGUGAUCUAAGCACAUUUAAACUAACGCACACCAGAGAGAAGGCAGAGGUUAUGUUCGCUUGACUUUUGGGAGACGAUCUCUCAAACAUGUCAAAGCAGAGGACUCUGGGAUUUUCUCCGUUUCAAGGAGAGCAGAAACACCACACCACGAUACCUCACAAUGUCUGAAUCCAGUGUCUGAUGCUUUCCGUGCCCUGGAUCCCCCUAGUCUGCAGAGAUUCUUUGUGGAUCUGGUACAACGGCAGUAUCAUCAUUUGGUGUGGCAGCCAAACAACCGAGUCUCAAAUUCAAUGCCUGUCUCCUCUAGGCUGCAAGUGCCUAGGUAGGCUCAGCUCGGCUGCCAGCAUCCUCAGGAAAGCUCAGUGCAGGUGGCCAGCCCUUAGUGCACCCUCCAAAGAUCUCCAGAAAGAGGUGAGCCCACAGAUCCUGCUGGAAUUCUUAGGGUCCUGGGACAAGAAUGUGCCAUUUGCAUUGGUUUUCUUUCUAGAGCGCAGUGCUGAGAAGGAGUGUGUUGGACUGUGUUCUUUCUGUUAGGAUAGCAGCACAUGAGACUUUUCUUUUGCUGUGGAUAAAUAUAUUCAUACCUUGAGUAUCCUCUUAGGAUUCUACCAGACACUUUCAAAAGACAGAAGGUUCUGUGGAGGUCAAAUGUGGCCAAACUGGCCCACAAGUGUUUGUGAAGCCUGGUUCCCCUUCGCCCACUUGCUAAGAAAUUCAGGCUGUUGCUAUUUGAUUGUUUGUUUUCUGGUUGGGGGAUAUGUUACUUGUCAUUAUUGUUCAUCUUUUGUUGUGUUUGGGUCUUUCAUUUCUGCCCAAAACGUGUCAUUACACAGAUGCACUCUCCAUAGAAAGAACCUCACCCACCAUCUCCCCCUCUGCCUUCUGGCCUAGAUGGGUUUCCUUUUGUAAUGGCCCCUUUCCGCCCUCCCUGCUUAUAGUCCUGAACUCCCAGCCUGACUUCUUGGCUGGCCACUCCCCUUCGCUGUGUCUAUUAAUGGCUUGCAGGGCUCUAUCAUGUUAAAUAUAGAACCAUUUAGCAUUUAGUGUCUGAUGUCUGUCCUUCCAACCCAGAACCCAAUCAGCUGGUUCUUGUUCCCCUGAAGCUCUGCAGGUGGCAAAGCCGAUUCCUGCUGCCUGCUCCUCCCUCUGCAGGGGUCCAUACAGAAAACCUGAAAAAUCACAAGGCUUCUUGUUACUCUCUAGAGCUGUAAUACAAUUUGUUCCCUCCUGCCCCCAGGCUCACCCCUGCUCUUACUCAGUGGGGAGCUGCUACUGAUCAGGCUGUAUUAACUCACAACUUGUUUGCUCUAUGGAAAUUCUGGGCUUUUUUUUCUCAGGGGAAUAGAGAAACUCAACAGGCCUCCUACCCAGCUGCUUCUUUCCAUGCAAGCUAUUGAAUCUAUACAAAUUAGAUUCAAGUGACAGGUUAUUUUAGGGAUUUAUAAUCUCUGUACUGCUGAUAGUAAUCUGACAAGUGUUCCCAGAGUCCCAUUUGUCUGUGACUCAACCACUCAACUUAAGACAUGAACUGGAGCAAAAUAAGAAACUUCUGAGUUAACCUGAGGAACUGUCAGUGGCUUUAGGUUCUGUUUGUUGGGUUCUGUUGGUUGUUUGGGAGAGGUUUUGUUUGUUGUUGUUGUUAUUUUGUCCUGUCUGUUUUUUGAGAUAGGGUCUCACUCUACAUUCCACAGCAUUCUGAUGCUCACUCUAUAUCAUAGGCUAACCUUGAAUCUUGAACUCUUGGAGCUCCUUCUGACUUAGCCUCCUGAGUUCCAGGGUUACUGGCAAGAGCUACCAGGUUGUUUCCAGUUGGUUUUUGUUGUUUGUUUUUUAUAAAACCUAUCCAUCUAUUGAAGGAACCAAAUGAAAAUGACAUUAAUCCCAAUGACACACGCCUAGUGACCUUUAUAAUGAAUGCCUUCCUCCCAAUCAAAUAUUUUAAAUAAUCUGAAGACAAAAUUAUACAAAAUAAUUCCCAGUAGUGGAUGUUCCAUCCCUAUAAUGUUCAAUACAACAAACCCCAGUAAAAUCUAGGCACUGGGAUUGCCCAUCGUGGCAAUCUGUACGAAAAGACAGCAUGGGUGUACAUAUAAAAACUGGUGUGACUCUUGUGGAGGGCUGAUGUUCUAACAGCAAGACUGUAACUUUGAGUAAAUAAUUGAAAAAUCAAUUAGGUUACUGUUUUCUUAUUGAUUCUGAAGACAGAGGAAACAUCCUGCUGGCUAUUUUCUAACUAGCCUGGCUUCUCGGAGUCGGCCGGAAGCCAGCAGUCACGGACACCAUGAAGAGAAGAGUUACCUGAAGAACUGAAGGAGAGAGGAGUCCAGUGAGUGGCAACUGCCAGGGAGUGGCUGGCUAUCUCUGACAUAAAUUUUAAGUCAGGUCAUCUUUCUGGCUCACAUUUGCUUGGUGUUUGGACAUCUCUGUAGAGAAAGUUAGGAAAAUAAUAUUAGUUCGGCUGUCUAUACAAAAGUCAGCGUGGCUCUGUCAUGUUAAAAGAACAGAGGAGCUUAGACCUAGUUCUGCCUUUUAUAAUAUUUUAAAGGAUAACAACUUCAUGUCAACAUCAUGUAAAGUCAGAGAUUCCCACACAGAGAAAUACAAUUUGCAUUUUACUGCACACUUCGAGAAAAUCAAUCACAAAAACUAACCAGAACUGUUUAAAUAUUAAUAUAUAUGUAUGUAUAUGUGUAUAUAUAUAUAUCCCUAUUACAUGGCAAUUAUAUAGGGAUCAUAGCAUUAAAAAUGCCAUUAUAUGGAACCCUAUAUGCCUUUAGGAACAUAUCUACAAUAUAAAAGAAGCAUAUGAACAGGUAGUAAUGAUAUUUUAAUUUGAUUAGAAUAAAAAAUGAAAUGACACUUUCUACUUGGCAAUACAUUCCUGAGCUUUUCACCUAAUUAGUAGUUAUAAUUUUAAAUGUGCAAUGGUCUUGUUCUCAUCUCAUUAUGUUCCAUGGAAUAUAAGUAAAUAAGUUUGCAAAUGGAUCUUCUAAAAAUGCAUUGAACAACAUCUAUCAAAUAUAACAAAUAAACAAGUUUUCAUUUUUUUAAGGAAAAGCAGAAAAGCUUAAGUCUAAACAUCUGGUGUGUUUUAAUAACACCUACAGUGCAUUCUUGAUAUCCAAAGACAAUUUCUGCUAGAAAAAAGGAAAAAGUUGAACUUCAUAGUUUUAAUUACACUUGAAAUUCUGGUAACCAAUGACAGUGUUCAAAAAUAACCCAUAAUGCUACAGAGGAGAAAAAGAACAUAUAUGAUAAUGAAUCUGGUUAGAUUCUCAUGCAGUUAAGUUCAAAUAUUUUAAGUAGAUCAUCACCUGGGAGCUGCAUUUCUCUCCAGCUGCAGAAGUGGAGGCAGAUACCCUUCUUUGGACCAUAGCAUCAUUGAGUCUACUCUAAUUGGAGUGUCUAGCCUCCCACCCAUGCAUCUCCUCCUGGCGCUCCGGGGUAUGGAAGAAGACUGCAACUGACUCCUUUCUUCAAGUUCAGAGGUGAAAUGAAUCUGGAACCCUGCCACUCAGCAUAUGAGGUCAGCUUCUAUAAUAAUAGAACAUUUUAAUUUAUGGAGAAAUGUCAGCAAGUAGCACACACAAAAACAGAAGUGUGACAGAGUUCGUGCUUUCCAGAUUUUUGUGUCCAUGUAAGUGAAAGCACAACCAUAUCUUCCAAAACUGCGUGUGAAAUCCACGGGCACAGCAGUGAACACAGCAUGCCGUCUAGCUGGGUUCUUUUCAGCAAUCUCCCAACACACAUCCACACAUGCACUUUCAUGCGCACACACACAUGCACACACACACACCUCCCAAAAGUAUGUUUCCCUAGGAAUCUGUGUCAUACCUCUUUGCCCCUGCCAGAGACACAUGGUUUGCUGUAACGGUGCGCAGAGGAAUGGUCAAAGGCAUGCAGCAUUCUUUCCUGGGAAUCCCUCCUUUAGUGUUUGCUUAUUUGUUUACAUCAUUAUGCUGGCCCUACAAUAAUGUUACUAUUAAAAAACAAACACCCUCACUUGCAGAAAAGAAUAAGCUAUCAUUCCCUCCUUUGUGUGUAUUUCCAUGUAGGAAAAGAUGAUCAAAUGUAGCUUUUCCAAAAAUUAUCUGAGAUAUCACAGUGACUUCUAUAUAGAUUAAAGUAUUGACUAGUACAUCAAGCAUUAAAAACAUUGCUGAAUUCUUUUUGCAGCAUUCCUAUUUGACUGUUUAAUGGAAGUUGUGUGUAAAAACAACAUGCAAACUCUUGCACUGUGUUACUCUUGAUGUGCCAGACUCCAUAAACAUUUUGGGCUGUAUUGUGAUUUUUCUUGCAUGUAAUGUAUGAUUAUCUGACUAAUAAAGAAAACUUACUAGCUAA